AUGAAGUCUUCUGUGGCUGUUAUCGCUCUCGCCGGCGCUGCAGCGGCCGGUAGCAUUGGAGACUUCGUUCCCAAAUGCGCAGUGGGAUGUCUCGAGGACGGUGUCAAGUCUGCUACUCCUUGCGCCGUUGAUGACCUCAACUGUGUCUGUAUUGCAGACAACUACCGCAACACUUACACCGCCGCGGUCUCCUGCGUUCUUCAAUCGUGCGGUUCCGAUACUGCAGUUGGCGAAGUUCUGCCCGGUGCUGCACACAUGUGUGAAGUCGUACUGUCUUCAACCUUCAGCAGCGCCAAUACUGUCACUGCAGGCCCAACAUCGACUACCGCUACGACGGCAGUGACUGCUUCUACUACUGACGAGGGCGGAUUCUCCAUUCAAACUCAGACUACAGCGGUUCCGUCCACAUCUCGUAGCUCGGCUGCUGGCAGCGACGGCACUUCUACUGCGCCAACCCCUACGAGCAGCACUGCUGCAGCUGGCGCCUCCACUGCUCAAGCUGGUUUUGGGACCUUGUCUUGGAUGUUACUGGCUGCGCUGGCAUUGAUCUAG